AUGGGCGGCAGGAGGCCCGGGAUUAGAAACCACCGCGGGCGCCGGCUGGAAGGUGAGGUUCUACUUUCAGUCAGUCACCCUAUUGCCUCGGCCGCUUCGAGAAGUUUGUUGAUCGCUCUGCAACUAUCGCAUCGGAUCAAAGUCGAAGGUACCUACACUGAUCGCAACUCGACAGAAACGGCAGCCAUUCCGCAGGUUGCAGAGUCUAGACGCAGAGCAUUUGAGGUGCUACAGAUUCUAAGAAAGCGGGACGGCAACUGUCCAUCUGGUUAUGACGGUUGUUCCAAGCUGGGCCAUUCUGAUAUCUGCUGCAAGGACAACACCAUCUGUACUCGUGACGAUGCCAACAAUAUCGCCUGCUGCCCGACCGGAGCUAGCUGCACGGGGACGCUAUCUGCGACGGGGACCGGAGUAGUCGUGGUCGGAGAUUCUACCAGCAGCUUCCGAUUCCCUCAGACAGCCAGCGCUACGCAAACCACCGCCGGGCCGACCAGUGUCACCCUCACGGGCUCAACUCUCGCAGCCGCCUACCCAUUCGUCGUCAUCCCGACCUCGUUCUCCAAUGCCCAGGUCUGCACAUCCUACUAUUCUUUAUGCCAGAGCGAGUAUACCGGCUGUCUGUCACAGCUCGGCGGCGGGUAUGCAGUGACGGUUGCCGUAGACGGCGGUUCGGGGACGACUCGGGCCGGCGUCUCAGCAGCUAUGUCGACAUGCUCUAGUCUCAGUCUGGAGGCUUGCCAUGGCCUGAACAUUGGAUACUGCGCGGCAUACACCACUGGCGUUUACGAGAACCGAGCGACAGGCCCCAAACGCACUUCCAGCCUCGAGGACCUUCUCUUCGGCAUGUUCAUCGGAGUGGCUGGAAUGUUCAUGUGA